UGUGUCCGCCUGGCGCCCGCCGAGGCGGCAGCGGCGGCGGGAGGCGCAACUUCCACGGGACGGAGGCGGCGCUGCCGCCGCAGAGCCCGGCGGGGGAGGGCGCGGCGAAGCGUGAGCGGCUCCCCGGGGGACUCUCCCGCUCCGGUCCGGCUCGCCGUGGAGGGCAGCGGGCGGCGCUGAGACCCGCCGGGACGAAAGUUUGGGAGCCGCCCCGCGGGCGUGCAGGAGGGGCCGGAGGCCGCGGCGUCAGGAGCGUGAGAGGUCUGCUCCGGCCUCGCCGGUGCCCGUGAGAGGCGGCCCGCAGCUCUCUCCUCGGGCGGGAGGAGAGAAGGCAGAGCGAGCGGGGGCGGCAGCACCUCCCGCGGGGACCCCCCGAGCCCGUGGUGCCUGCGAGCCCCUCCAGCCGCAGCGCCUACUCUCGAGCUCUAUUUCCCGUUCCCCGGCGGGGGAAGAGGAGGGGCGGCGGCGGGGAGCCCUGUCGGGAUCCCGCGGGACGGCGCGGCGGCGGCUGGAAAGCCCUGAGCGGGAGUAAGCGGCUCCCAGCGAGCCCUGCGCAGCGCCGCGUUCCCUUCCCGCCGGGGGCUUCCCCCUGCGGGGCUGCCAGUGCGCAUGGGGGCGGCGGGCGCGGAGCCGGGGCGGGCAGCGCCGGCGGCGGCUCCAUGAGGACGGCAGGCCUGUCCGCGCCCCCGCCGCCCGCCCUGCCCUGCCCGCGCUUCCGACCCUGAGGCCCUCGGCUCGCCUACGAAGAAACUUUUCCGCAGCGUCCGAAGAUGGAGCCUGCCAGCAUGGAUUAUUUCUGCGAGCAGGUACAGCAGAAGGACGUGGGCCGCAGGAUGCAGGUCGGCCAGGAGCUGCUGGAGUACCUGGGCGACCCGGCGAGGUCCCCCGAUGUGGAGCAGGACCAGCAGCGCCUUGACAAAGUGAUCGACGAAUUAGCAGCGUGGGUCAACUCCAGUAAUUUUAAGGUAUCGCUACUGGGAUUAGAUGUUUUAGGUGCCUUUGUUGACAGAUUGUCAGGACGCUUUAAACCCUAUAUAGGAACUGUUCUCCUGCCUUUGAUAGAUCGUAUGGGAGAUGCCAAAGACCAAGUUCGAGAGCAAGCACAGAAUCUUAUAUUGAAAUUGAUGUGUGAAGCAGCACCACCCAUGUACAUUUGGGAACGCCUUGCUGUUGGUUUUAAACACAAGAAUUACCGAUCCCGAGAAGGAGUGUGUUUGUGUCUUGUUGCUACCUUAAACAUUUACGGUUCACAACCAUUAAUCCUUAGCAAGUUGGUACCACAUCUGUGCAUAGCAUUUGGUGACUCCAACAGUCAGGUGAGAGAUGCUGCCAUACUAGCCAUUGUAGAGGUUUAUAGACAUAUGGGAGAGAAAGUACGAAUAGAUCUUACAAAAAGAGGAAUUCCUCCUGGAAGGUUGCAAACAAUCUUUGCAAAAUUUGAUGAAAUAAGAAACUCUGACAACAUGAUUUUAAGUAACGUCAGUGACAAAAGCUUUGAUGAUGAAGAGUCAGUGGAUGGAAAUAGGCCAUCAUCAGCUGCUUCAGCCUUCAAGGUUCCGGCACCUAAAAAGCCAGGAAAUCCUUCAAACAGUGCAAGAAAGCCAGGAUCAGCUGGUGGGCCUAAGGUUGGAGGUUCCUCUAAAGAAGGAGGAGCUGGAGCUGUGGAUGAGGAUGAUUUUAUUAAGGCCUUUACAGAUGUUCCUACUGUACAGAUCUAUUCUAGUCGAGAACUUGAAGAAACGUUGAACAAAAUCAGGGAAAUUCUCUCAGAUGACAAACAUGAUUGGGAUCAGCGAACUAAUGCGCUGAAGAAGGUUCGGUCCUUGCUUGUUGCUGGAGCUGCACAGUACGAUGGGUUUUUCCAGCAUUUACGGCUGUUGGAUGGUGCUUUCAAGCUGUCAGCCAAGGAUCUCAGAUCCCAGGUGGUUCGAGAAGCCUGCAUUACUGUAGCCCACCUUUCAACUGUUCUGGGAAACAAGUUUGACCAUGGCGCCGAAGCAAUUGUGCCUACUCUUUUUAACCUGGUUCCCAACAGCGCCAAAGUGAUGGCAACCUCUGGGUGCGCAGCCAUCAGGUUCAUUAUUCGGCAUACUCAUGUGCCACGACUCAUACCUUUAAUAACAAGCAACUGUACCUCAAAAUCAGUUGCAGUUAGAAGGCGUUCCUUUGAAUUUUUAGACCUGUUACUACAAGAGUGGCAAACACAUUCACUGGAAAGGCAUGCAGCUGUCCUGGUUGAAACAAUCAAGAAGGGCAUUCAUGAUGCUGAUGCAGAAGCAAGAGUGGAGGCAAGAAAAGCUUAUCUGGGUCUUAGAAAUCACUUUCCUAGUGAAGCUGAGACUCUGUACAAUUCUCUGGAGCCGCCCUAUCAAAGAAGCCUUCAGACCUACUUGAAGAAUUCUGGCAGUAUAGCAUCUCUCCCUCAGUCAGACAGGUCAUCCUCUAGCUCACAGGAGAGCCUCAAUCGGCCUCUAUCAUCUAAAUGGUCUGCAGCCAGCCCAGCAAGUCUUGCAGGCAGAGUUUCAGGCAGCAGCAGGGGCGUCCCAAGCCCGGGCACCCUGCAGAGGUCUCGCAGCGACAUCGACGUGAACGCUGCGGCAGGCGCGAAGGCGCGCCAUGCUGCUGGACAGGCAGCUGGAGCUGGGCGCCUCUCAGCAGCCGGGCUGCCCCCCGGCUCCUACGCCUCCCUAGAGGAUACUUCUGACAAGAUGGAUGGAACAGCUUCUGAAGAUGGUCGUAUACGAUCAAAGCUCUCGACCCCUUCUGUUGGUAUUGGAAAUUCUAAAACAGAUUCCAGAGGACGGAGUAGAACCAAAGUGGUGUCACAAUCUCAGCCUGGCAGUAGAUCUGGGUCUCCUGGAAGAGUUUUGACAACAACCACACUUUCCACUAUGAACACAGGAGUUCAGAGAGUGUUGGUGAAUCCUGCAGCAGCACAAAAACGGAGCAAAAUCCCACGAAGUCAGGGAUGCAGUAGAGAAGCUAGUCCUUCUAGGUUAUCAGUAGCGCGAGGCAGCCGCAUUCCUCGGCCUAGUGUGAGUCAGGGCUGCAGCAGGGAGGCCAGCCGUGAAAGUAGCAGGGACACGAGCCCUGUCCGCUCUUUCCCGCCCCUCGCUUCCAGACAUCACUCCAGAUCCACUGGUGCCCUCUACGCUCCUGAUGCUUAUGGGGCCACAGGAACUGGCUUUGGAAUUAGUCAGUCGAGUAGAUUGUCAUCAUCAGUCAGCGCCAUGCGAGUUCUGAACACAGGUUCUGACGUGGAGGAGGCAGUAGCAGAUGCUUUGAAGAAGCCCGUGCGAAGAAGAUACGAGUCGUACGGGAUGUACUCAGAUGAUGAUGCCAACAGUGAUGCAUCAAGUGCCUGUUCAGAAAGGUCCUACAGCUCCAGGAACGGGAGCAUCCCCACCUACAUGAGGCAGACAGAAGACGUGGCUGAGGUCCUGAACCGCUGCGCCAGCACCAACUGGUCAGAGAGGAAGGAAGGCCUUCUGGGCCUGCAGAACUUGCUAAAGAACCAGAGAACCCUAAGUCGUGUUGAAUUGAAAAGACUGUGUGAGAUCUUCACAAGAAUGUUUGCUGAUCCUCACAGUAAGGUGUUCAGUAUGUUUUUGGAGACACUGGUGGACUUCAUCCAGGUCCAUAAGGAAGAUCUGCAGGACUGGCUGUUUGUACUGCUGACACAGCUGCUGAAAAAAAUGGGUGCUGAUUUGCUUGGGUCUGUACAAGCAAAAGUUCAGAAGGCACUUGAUGUCACAAGGGAAUCUUUUCCAAAUGACCUCCAGUUCAGUAUUUUAAUGAGAUUUACUGUUGACCAGACCCAAACACCUAGUCUGAAGACAGUCAAGCCAGCACUGCAGGACCAACUUCGCUCUUUUUGGAGCUCAAAGGUCAAAGCUGCAAUCCUAAAAUACAUAGAAACUCUUGUACAACAGAUGGAUCCAGGAGAUUUUGUAAAUUCAAGUGAAACCAGGUUAGCAGUGUCUCGAAUCAUCACCUGGACCACAGAACCUAAAAGCUCAGAUGUUAGGAAGGCUGCACAGUCAGUGCUGAUUUCCCUUUUUGAACUGAACACUCCAGAGUUUACAAUGCUAUUGGGUGCUUUACCAAAAACAUUUCAGGAUGGAGCCACAAAGCUUCUCCAUAAUCAUCUCCGGAAUACAGGCAACAGUGGUCAGGGAUCAAUGGGAAGUCCUUUAACAAGACCCACUCCACGCUCUCCGGCAAGUUGGUCAAGUCCUCUCACUUCCCCAACCAACACAUCACAGAACACUUUGUCACCAAGUGCAUUUGACUACGACACUGAAAACAUGAAUUCUGAAGAUAUUUACAGCUCUCUUCGUGGAGUCACUGAGGCCAUUCAGAAUUUCAGUUUUCGUAGUCAGGAAGAUAUGAAUGAGCCUGUGAAACGAGAUGCUAAAAAGGACGAUGGCGAUUCGCUUUGCAGUGCUUCUGGAAUGGUGGACAUGCGAGCAGGAGGUGGUGUGAGCGACACAGGUCGCACAGCUCUGGAUAACAAAACAUCCUUGCUCAACACCAUGCCUCCCCACUCCUCACCACGCUCUCGAGAUUACAACCCAUACAAUUAUUCUGAUGGCAUCAGUCCAUUUAAUAAAUCUGCUUUGAAAGAAGCCAUGUUUGAUGAUGAUGCAGAGCAGUUUCCUGAUGAGCCUCCCAUGGACCAUUCUGAUCUGGUUGCAGAGCUACUGAAAGAGUUAUCAAACCAUAAUGAGAGAGUUGAAGAAAGAAAGGCUGCCCUGUAUGAGCUCAUGAAGUUAACUCAGGAAGAGUCUUUUGGUGUUUGGGAUGAGCACUUCAAAACAAUACUACUUCUGCUGCUUGAAACGCUUGGAGAUAAAGAGCAUGCGAUUAGAGCUUUGGCACUGAAAGUUCUAAGGGAAAUUCUAAGAAACCAGCCAGCAAGGUUUAAGAAUUAUGCAGAGCUCACAAUUAUGAAGACAUUAGAAGCACAUAAGGAUCCUCAUAAAGAGGUGGUGAGAUCUGCUGAAGAAGCUGCUUCCAUGCUGGCCACUUCCAUUAGCCCAGAUCAGUGCAUCAAAGUUCUCUGUCCAAUUAUCCAAACUGCAGAUUACCCCAUUAAUCUGGCUGCAAUCAAAAUGCAGACAAAAGUUAUAGAAAGAGUAUCUAAAGAAACCCUUACUCAGCUUUUACCAGAGAUUGUGCCAGGUCUAAUACAGGGUUAUGAUAAUUCAGAGAGCAGCGUUCGUAAGGCAUGUGUUUUCUGCCUUGUAGCCAUUCAUGCAGUAAUUGGUGAUGAACUAAAACCUCAUCUCAGUCAACUCACUGGCAGUAAAAUGAAAUUAUUGAACCUUUACAUCAAACGUGCACAAACAGGCUCUGGAGCAGGAGAUACAGCAGCAGAUAUGUCUGGACAAAGCUAAUGAAGCUGACAAGAGUUAACCAGGUCUCCUAAAGCAAGAGCAAGGCCCUCUUCAGUGAAAGGAAAAUCCUUACAUGCAACUUCUGGAACUUUUUUCUUGUUUUGUUUUGGUUUUGUUUUUUUCCCUUUCUUUUGUUUUGGUUUUUUUUUGUUUGGGGUUUUGUUUUUUUUUUCCUUAACCAACGGCUGCCCUCAGCCUGCAUGAGACUGAUGCAAUAGAAUUACUCCAAAUCGAAGGAAAAACAGUAUUAACAUCAGUUGAUCAAAGCAGAAUAAAAUUUCAAAAUAAUCUUAUCCAUCAGUUACCCUGUUCAUAAUCUUCUGUGUCUUCCCAUUAACUUUUGCCAGUGUUACUGUAUUAAAAAAAAGAUUUUUUAAUGCUAAUUAAAAAGGUAUGCUUUAAGCUUCAGAAGUUAAAGUAUAAAUUCUGUUGCUUUUCUUCAGCUGCAGAUAACAUUACGUUUUAUUGCUGUUUUGUUUGAGUAUCAUGUCCUUCGCUAGAAACAAGAAGUGAUGUGAAACAAGGCUGAACUAGUCUGAACUGCAGUGAGACUCGUUCACUGUGUUGGUGGUUCAUCAUCUUAUUUACAGCUUGUUUGGGAUAUUCUGGAGAUUGAGAAAUAUGCCUAUAAAAAGAAAGCUGGAUUGAUCCAGUUCUGUCACAGUGAUAUUGUUCAUUGGUUGUAUGUUUGUUGCAUAAAUAAGAAUUCCGUGUGUGCAGCAGAGGACUGGUACAACCAGUACCUCUUCAUGUGGAAGACAGCCCUGCCAGGGCAGCACUGCCGAGCCGCUGACGGUGUGGCAGCCUGCUGGUGAGCAGCAGAGUUCAUGGUCACUGGAUGGACGUGAACCAUCCUUGUCACCUUUCGUUCUUCAAGCAGGAUGCUUCAGAAUGGAGUGCUCUGCCCAAGCAUGCUCAGUAUGUAUUUAUCUUUAUCACUAGAAUGUUUCCUCUCAACCUAAUUGCUGGAACAAGUAGUCUUGUAUUGUAACUCACAUGGGAUCUUACGACAACAGUGCAGAAAACUAUUUAUCCCUUACCUUCUGAAAAGCACCGAGAUUUUCUGCAUUGAAUUUAAAUGGGGGGAGGGGGGAAUAGUCACAAAUGCUAUGGAUCUCGCCACCUUUUAAUUUAAAGAAAAAUAUAUAUUUUGAGUAGGAAAAGCUGCACCAAAUUAUUUGCAUGGUUUUCUUGAAUAGCAUCCUCAAGACCCAUCUGGAUUAAGGUGUGGAAAUGUUUCGAGGGUUUGUUUUUCCAUUUUUGAAAAAGAGUUAGUAUAUUGUGAAUAAUGGUUCUUUGUAUUUAUGAAGUUGAUAAUGGAAAGAGAACAAAGAUGAGUAAAUGUGUCCCUAAAUGUUGUCUUUCCCUUUUUUUUUUUUUUUUUUUUUUUUUUUUUUUUUUUUUUUUUUUUUUUGAGGGUUUUGUGGGGUUUUUUGGUUUGGUGGGUUUUUUUUUGUGGUUUUUGUUUGUUGGUUUGGUUUGGUGGGGUUUUUUUGUUUUUGUUUUUUUGGGUUUUUUUUAGGGUUUUGUUUGUUUGUUUGUUUUUUGAGGGGGUUUUUUUUUGAGGUUUUUUUGAGGUUUUUUGUUAUAUAAGCAGCAAACUAAUUAUGUCAGAAAUGGGAUGAAACUGUGCCCUUCCCAGGAAUAGUGGAACUUUUUUUUCCUGACUGUUUUUUUCCCUGUGACUGUGAUGUUCUCUAGUUGUAGGAAGUGUAUCCUGAUAAGAGAGAAAAUAGUGGUGCCAAGGAUGAUGAUCUAUGCUAGGCUAAAAUUCUCUCUACCUCUUCAGGGUGACUAAUUUUUGACUGAGCUGCUGCAUAUAGCACCCAGUAGAAGAACUAUCUACAGAAAAAUCUUUAUUUUUUUUCCAAAUUAUCACUUAAUGUGUAUGCAAAACUCUACUCUUCAACAUUGCAGCCAAAUAUCAUAAGAAAGUACACACUUUACCUGCUAGGAACCCUGAAAAACAAAACUGAAUAAAAAAUUAAGUCAGAUGCUUGUAGUGUAACAUGAAAGGUUGUUUUUACUUUAGUUUGAAGUGAAUGCGAUAGAAAGAGCUGAGAUGUGGUUAUUAAAGAAGCAAUGCCAUUGCAGAGAUUUAUUUGGAGGGAAAGUUGUAGAAAUAUAUGUAAAGACUUAAACCCAAGACUGUCAUAACUCGUUGCUAGCCCUUUUUAGCAGCUACAUCAAGAAAAUAGUAUCUCCUCCUUCUUUCCUUUGUUCCGUGUAACAUCCUUGUUGUUUUCUACUGUUUAAUUACAUUGUGUAUUUAUAGUUCUAUGCUUACCAUUGUGCAUAUACUGGCAAUAAAAUGUACAUAACAUUACUUAAAAGAUUAGCAAUGUAUACAUUCUGGUUUUUCUGUUUUAUUUGAUCACAUGCUCUAAGAAAAAUUAUAAAUGUGAUUCAUACAGCAUUGGUUAAAAAAAAAUUGAUCUUCAUGUUGGGUGUGUUCAAAUGAUGUUUCUUUAUAUAGUCUCGUUAUUAAAUCUGACUUGGCAUUUAAGAACAUGCUGUGAAUUAUAGGUAUAUUAGACAAACUUUUUAAAAAUUGAAUAGAAUCUUUAUGCACACAGUUUCCUUCAUCUAGGUAGAUUUUUUGUUUAUUAUUUCAUAUAUUUGUACAUUAUACCUCAUUUACAUUUUAUUUUUUUUAAUAUUUAAGAAUAUUUUUCAGUCUGCAGUCUUGUAGUUCUUAAUUUUAAUUAUACAAAAGGUCACUUCAAAAAAUUGCACAAAUUCUGAGCUUAAUAGACCUGUAUGUUAUUCCUGCAUUUUGUAUAGGUAAUAUUUCUUUUCAGAGAAUCAUUGCAAGAUGACUGUUACUUGUCAUCUUUUUGAAGAUGCUGUUUCAUACUGAAAAUAUAAGUUAUUGAAACAUACAGUAUAUAUUCUGGAUGAAACCUAGUUUUUUUACAUAUAAACAAAAGAUAUGUUUUUUAUCCCCUAUAUGACUGAAAAAGUUUGCUCCAGGUAGGGGGGAGGAAGAUAUUUACCCAAAGUUUGUUCAUCAGUUCUGCUUUUAAGCCAUCUUUAAAUGUUUUAAGUGAAGAUAUCCCAUGUAUUAAAAAUCUCAAUGCAAUAUAUUUAAAUGAAUAUUUUACUUAUGAUAUGACUAGUUCUGUUUCCAGCAGAGAUGGGGUUGCUACCUUUGUAAACAGAUAGAAUCUAUUUAUAUUACAUGAAGCCAACAGAAUGUAAGAAUUUGGAAAGAAAAAUAUUUCCACAGCAGCCAGUUUAUCAGAUUCAUUGCAUUGCUUUUUGCCUUCAUUUCCUAUAUUAUAAGUGGAUAUUAGCUCAGUUAAAUUCAAGCAGUGAUUAGUCAUGCCUUAUGUUCCUGCUGGAGGUGGUUUCUCUAAUGGAUUAGCAUAACGAUCUGGGAAAAAAUAGGACAAUUAUAAGUUGCUGUUCUUUCAGACAGGGUUUCUAUGUGUUCCUUCUGAUAGCCUGUGAAGAUAGGUCAUUCCAGUCGUUUGAAUACUGAAAUGCAAUUCUUAAAAAUUGGGAUUGGUCUUUAAAAAAGAGGAAGGAGAAGAAAAGCUACAUGCAGAAUCAGGAUGGGAAAUGGAUAUUGUGGAUGUCUCAGACUUGGAUGUCAUUUGCUUUAAAGAAUUUGAGUAACAUUAUGUUCAGAUGAAGUCUUAGCAAGGAAGUUGGAAUAAUAAAUGUAAAUUGAAAGGAGAGCUGAUCAAUGUAAAUUUUCCUGAGUUGGCUUGCUUGUUUGUUUUUGAAGAUAAAGGUUGGAACAGA